GAAGAAGGCCGUCCCGGCCUAGUGCUUUCCCCUGCAGCCUGAGCACGGUUGCCCCGGGCAACCCAUAGACUCCCAUUACUAGAAGGGCAGCUGGUGGAGAAUUUAUAGUGAGUGACCACAGGUGACACGGGGACGCUACCACAUUCUUGGGGACAGCCGCCUCCUCUGGGAUUACACCAGCCAGUGGCUGAUACAACACCUUAAUAUAAUUGGACCGGUAGACUGCCAUUGCACUCCAGGGAUGGAGAAGUACGAGAAGUUGGCCAAAAUUGGUGAAGGGUCUUACGGGGUGGUCUUCAAGUGUCGGAAUAAGGACACCGGGCAAGUAGUAGCCAUCAAGAAGUUUGUUGAGUCGGAGGAUGACCCUGUCAUUAAAAAGAUUGCCUUACGUGAGAUACGUAUGUUAAAGCAACUGAAGCACAGUAACCUGGUGAAUCUGCUGGAAGUCUUCCGCAGGAAGAGGAAGCUGCAUCUGGUCUUUGAAUACUGUGAUCACACUGUUCUUAAUGAGCUGGAGAAACACCCCAACGGGGUUCCUGAUGCGAUGACAAAGAACAUUGUGCUGCAGAUACUACAGGCCGUGAGUUUCUGCCACAGGAACAACUGCAUUCACAGAGACGUCAAACCUGAGAACAUCCUUCUGACCAAACAGGGCGUCAUAAAGCUGUGCGACUUCGGCUUCGCUCGAAUCCUGACCAGGCCGGGUGACGACUACACAGACUACGUGGCUACUCGCUGGUAUCGGGCCCCUGAGCUGCUGGUUGGGGACACACAGUACGGAGCUGCAGUGGACGUCUGGGCCGUAGGCUGCGUCUUCGCUGAGCUGCUGUCUGGGCAGCCUCUGUGGCCAGGGAAAUCUGACGUGGACCAGCUCUACCUGAUCAUCAGGACCCUGGGAAAACUUAUCCCCAGGCACCAGUACAUUUUCCAUAGUAACCAGUUCUUCCAUGGAGUCAGCAUCCCUGAGCCUGACCCAGACGAUGUGGAGACGCUUCAGGAAAAGUUCCCAAAUAUUCAGCCUAUGGCGAUGAGCUUCAUGAAGGGAUGCCUGCGCAUGAACCCUGACGACAGACUGUCCUGCGAGCAGCUCCUGGAGAGUAAUUACUUAAACCCCACGCGUGAGGAGCCAGAGAAGAGGAAGGGAAAGGGGAGGCGGAGACAGCAGACGCAGCUGCUGCCGCAGAUUCCCGGCAAUGGCGUUUCUCCUGCUCCGGAGGGGAAAAACAAGCCCCGGGCCCACAAAUUUGACCAUUUCCCCAACAUUUAGUGACUUCCAAGACCCCUAAGCAGUCUCUAUGGGGCGUGUUCUAAGGGAGAGUCUGCCCUUAUCACUGAUACUACCGCCAGGACACGGAGAACUGAGUCGACCGUGGGUCUCGCGCUGUUCUCGUACAAUUUACAAUGAUUUUUCCCAGAAGUCUGAUUACUACGAGCAGCAUUACUCUGUGGGACCUAUUCGCUGACCUUCUGCCGCGUCAUUACACUGUUGGCAGAGGAACCUACCCAGUCAGUGCUCCUACAUUUAGGCCACAAUAAAAGCCACCACGGGCCAGGCAACUACCCAGUUCCCUGAUGAAAGUGGAGAACACAUUUUGAACCCACCUGAUGUAUCCGUCUAUCAUAUGUGAAUAGGCCCCGCCCCAUUGUCACAUGACCUAUCUGGAUAGGUGAAUCGCCUCAUACAUGCAUCGUUUCCGACUUGCUGGGUCUGUGCAGAUUGUUUCACGUGGGAUGACCAAAUUAAGCCAAUGAGAGCCGGGUGUGUGGACGCUCCACAGAUCCAAGCCUGACAGACUCUAUUGUUAAUAUAUCGGUCAUGUGUGACGUGGAAAAGUGAUGUUAGGGGAGGUAAAAUAGAAUAGAUUACCUUGGCAGUAGUGGACCAGUACAAUAUCUUCCCAAAUUAAAACAGUAAUAUAUAACAUUGUAAACAUGUUAAGGGAACAUUAUAAUAAAACUUUAUUUCUUGUUCUUUUUAAA